ACUUGUUUUUCUCAGAUGAUUAUCUUCCUAAUAUGGUCUGCUGUUAUUAUAGCGUUACUAACGCUAUAUUUUCGAAAGAAUUUUUCAAGAUUCAGCGAUCACGGGGUCAGAAAUCCUGAAGUUGUUCCUCUUUUUGGAAACAUGUCAAGGGUGUUUUGGGGCGUUGAAACCUUUACUCGGGAUCUAGAAAUUUACUAUAACAACUAUCCCGAAGAGAGGUUUGUGGGCAAAUAUGAAUUUAUGAAGCCAGUCAUAAUUGUUAGAGAUUUGGAUUUGGCAAAAAAUAUAACGGUUAAAGAUUUCGAGCACUUCCUAGAUCACAGAAAUUUUACCGAUGAAAAAGUUGAUCAGCUAUUUUCAAGAAAUCUGAUUUCUCUAAGAGGUCAAGAAUGGAAAGACAUGAGAUCAACUCUGAGCCCAGCAUUCACCAGCUCAAAGAUAAAGCUGAUGGUUCCGUUUAUGGAAGAAGUUGGAGAGCAAAUGAUGCGCGCACUGCAAAAGAAAAUCAGCGAGUCUACGACCACAUCUGUUGACAUCGAUUGCAAAGAUCUGACAUCACGCUAUGCCAAUGAUGUGAUCGCAUCUUGCGCGUUCGGGUUGAAAGUCGACUCCUAUUCUGAUGAAAAUAAUAAAUUCUACGAAAUGGGAAAAGAAGCUACAGGCGUCCAUCUUAGGCAGAUCCUUAUGUUCCUUAUUAUGUCUACUUGUCCUUCUGUUGCCAGAAUAUUUAAGCUUACUCUAUUCUCCAACGAAACAAAGGAUUUCUUUGUCGACUUGGUAUUGAAUACCAUGAAAGAUAGACAAAUUCGGCAUAUUGUUAGACCAGACAUGAUUCAUCUCCUUAUGGAAGCUAAAAAACGCCGACUUUCGCAUGGUGAAAAAAUUGACUCUGAAAAUAGUAACAGGGAUGCCGGCUUUGCAACCGUAGAGGAAUCAACUGUGGGUAAGAAGAAUAUAAAUAGAGUUUGGUCUGACAUGGACCUCAUAGCACAAGCAACACUCUUCUUCAACGCUGGCUUUGAGACGGUAUCAACGAGUAUGUCCUUUGCGCUACACGAACUGGCCCUUCAUCCAGAUGUCCAGGAGCGUCUUUACAAGGAAAUAAAGGAAAAUGAUAUCAAGAACGAUGGCAAGCUUGACUACGCGACAAUACAGAACAUGACAUACUUGGACAUGGUUGUCUCUGAAGUACUGAGACUAUGGCCUCCAGGUGUAGCUUUAGAUAGAAUAUGCGUUAAGGACUACAACAUGGGUAAGCCUAAUGACAAGUCCACCCAAGAUUACAUAAUACGUAAAGGAGAAGCGAUCUGGGUUCCGACGUGGUGCUUCCACCGUGAUCCUAAAUGUUUCCCGAAUCCUGAUAAGUUUGACCCUGAACGUUUCUCAGACGAAAAUAAGCACUUUAUUAAUUCCACGGCGUAUAUGCCUUUUGGACUGGGCCCCAGGAAUUGCAUUGGUUCUAGAUUCGCCCUGUGUGAAGUGAAAAUACUUUUGUAUCAGAUUCUUUUGCAAAUUGAGCUGUCGCCAUCUGUGAAGACUCAGCUUCCUUCAAGGCUGUCUGUAGAAUCCUUUAGCCCUCGACUUGAAGGCGGUCACUGGUUGACGUUCAAAUCAAGAAAUAUGAUUUUCUGGAUAUGGUCUGCCGUGAUCAUAGCAUUGCUAAUAGUUUAUUUUCGCAAGAGUUACUCAAGAUUCAGUGAAUAUGGAGUUAAAAAUCCUAAAGUUAUUCCAUUUUUCGGAAAUAUGAUAAAGGUCUUUUGUCGCAUUGACACCUUUAAUAAAGAUUUAGAAAGAUAUUAUUAUAACUUCCCCAAAGAAAGGUUUGUGGGCAAAUAUGAAUUUCUCAGACCAGUCCUGAUUAUAAAAGAUUUGGACUUGAUAAAAAAACUAACGAUUAAGGAUUUCGAAUACUUUUUAGAUCACAGAAGCUUUACGGAUGAAAAAGUUGAACCAUUAUUUUCAAGAAACCUCCUUUCUUUAAAAGGUCAGGAAUGGAAAGACAUGAGAUCAACUUUAAGUCCAGCUUUUACCAGCUCAAAGAUAAAACUGAUGCUUCCCUUUAUGGAAGAAGUUGGACAACAAAUGAUUUGCGUACUUAAAAACAAGAUAAAAGAAUCUGCGACUAGUUCUAUAGAUAUCGAUUGCAAAGAUUUGACGACACGCUAUGGCAACGAUGUAGUCGCUUCUUGCGCCUUCGGGCUGAAGGUGGACUCUCAUACUGAUAAAAAUAAUAGAUUCUACGAAAUGGGAAAAAAAGCUGCGGGCUUUCAAUUUAGGAUGGUUUUUAUGUUCUUCAUUAUGUCUGCUUGCCCUGCCAUCGCACAGAAAUUAAAGUUAACUCUUUUUUCAAAUGAAACUAAGGAUUUCUUUAUCGACUUGGUUUUAAACACGAUGAAAGAUAGAGAAAAACGAAAUAUUGUUCGACCAGACAUGAUCCAUCUCCUAAUGCAGGCAAAAAAAGGUCAACUUUCUUACGACGACAAAAAUAGCUCUGAUAACGGCGGCAAAGACGCUGGUUUUGCAACCGUUGAGGAAUCAACAGUAGGAAAGAAGAGUACAGAUAGAGUUUGGUCUGACAUCGAUCUAGUCGCACAAGCGACACUUUUCUUCAUCGCCGGCUUUGACACUAUAUCAAUAGCGAUGUGUUUUGCACUACACGAACUGGCACUUCACCCUGACAUCCAAGAGCGACUUUACAAGGAAAUUAGGGAGACUGAUAUCAAAAAUAGUGGCAAGCUUGACUACGCGAUUAUACAGAAUAUGACGUAUUUGGACAUGGUUGUCUCUGAAGUACUUAGAAUGUGGCCACCAGGUGCAGCUUUAGAUAGGAUCUGCGUCAAAGACUACAACAUGGGGAAGCCUAAUGACGAAUCAACCCAAGAUUAUAUUAUACGUAAAGGAGAAGCAAUUUGGGUGCCAGUGUGGUGCUUUCACCGUGAUCCUAAAUACUUCCCGAACCCUGAGAAGUUCGACCCUGAACGUUUUUCUGACGAAAAUAAACACCUUAUAAAUGCCAUGGCAUACAUGCCUUUUGGACUGGGCCCUCGAAAUUGUAUUGGUUCAAGAUUCGCCUUGUGUGAAGUGAAGGUCCUUUUGUACCAGAUCUUAUUGCAUUUUGAGGUGUCACCGUCAGCAAAAACACAGCUCCCGUCGAGACUAUCAACAGAAUCUUUUAAUCUUCGACUCGUAGGGGGUCAUUGGUUAACGUUUAAAUCAAGAGCUACCAGUUUAUAAACAUUUCCGAAGUUUGUUGGUUACUUAGCACCUAAUUUUAUAUAAGUAAGUACUACCCAUCGUUCUUCGUGCGGGUUCAUGACAGUUUUUUACAAAUCCCGUGCAAACCAUUUAGUUUCUUAGGAUAAAAAGCAUUUGUUACCCUCCGUCUUACCACUGUUAAUAGAGAACCCUACAAUGUAAAUUGUCUUUGUAGGAGUGAAGCUGAAGUAAAACAUCCAACGGGUGCAAAUAAUAUUAAUUUAGAUUAACAUUAUUAGUAAUUCUUAAGAAGAAGUUUUAAUAAAGUACUCACGAAAAUUUAUAA